UGGGGAUGGAAGUCUUGGAGCUUCCAUCUGUUCGAAGAUCCUUCACUCCUCUCUUGUUGGGCGUCCAUCCAUCCAUCCGCUGCUGUUGGAUUUCUCCCUCUUGACUGGAGAAUACCAAACAACAAAAGGCUUCAUCAUCAUCAUCAUCAACGACGAUCCUGGUGGUUUCACGCGUCAAACCCUCAUCCUCUCUUUCUGGAUAUUAUCCAAUAGCAAAAUUUCGCUUCCUCACGUUUUCUGCGUAUAUAUCCUCUUCCUCCCUCUUUCUACAAGCCUAGGUUUGAGGGUGCUCUAGCUUAUGCUCACCAAUUUAUUGGAAAGUGCAAAUGUUCUAUCUGAACUUCAGUCACCAACUGGGCUACUAAAUCAUAGAUUGAGUUCUGUGCACCGUUAAGUGCACGCAACCUACGCAGUAAGGGAGGGGACAUUUUAGUAAUUUUUGAGAAAGAUUCAGGAGUGGUUCGGUUGGGACUUGGUCUGAUACUUAAAAAUAUGGAUAAGCAAGGGCAAGGGCAGACCCCAGUAAUGGGUGUAGUUAGUGGAGCAGGAGCGAUGCCUUAUAGCACACAGCCACAUCAAGCUGCUCAGAUGUUGGGCCCUGGGACUGCUGCAUCUGCUGCAGUUAAUGUUCAAUCUGCAGGUCAGUCUGUUGCAUUUGCCACCUCUCCUGCUCAAGUGGCUGCUCAGAACCAGCUCAUGUAUCAGCACUUGCAUCAGCAACAGCAAGCUCAUCAACUUCAACAGCUCCAGUUGUUUUGGGCUAAUCAGAUGCGAGAAAUAGAACAGACUGUGGAUUUCAAGAAUCAUAGUUUGCCCUUGGCAAGAAUCAAGAAGAUUAUGAAGGCUGAUGAGGAUGUGAGGAUGAUAUCAGCUGAGGCUCCCAUAGUUUUUGCAAAGGCUUGUGAGAUGUUCAUUCUUGAGCUGACGCUUAGGUCAUGGAUACACACUGAAGAGAAUAAGAGGCGGACACUGCAGAAGAAUGACAUAGCUGCUGCGAUCACGAGGACAGACAUAUUUGAUUUUCUGGUCGACAUAGUACCAAGGGACGAGUUGAAGGAUGAGGUAGUCGCCGGAAUCCCCAGGGGUGGAUCACUGCCUAUUGGUGCACCACCUGACGUGAUUCCGUACUAUUACAUGCCUCCUCAGCCUGUUGGUCCAGUAGGAGCACCAGGGAUGAUAAUGGGGAAGCCUAUCAUGGAUCCAGUAGCUUUCACCCAGCAGCAUUGUCCUUACGUGCCACAACAGAUGUGGCCACAGCCUCCCUCUCAAGAGGAGCAGCAGCCAACACAACAGCAGCAGCAGCAAGCUUGAACGUGAUUCCGAGCUGUGAUAGUGCUGGACUAGAACAGUUUCCAUUGAAUGUGUGUCUACAGAUGCUCAUUACUAUGUGAAACAUUGUUCUCUCUUUCCCUCUCUGUGCUUGUUCAUUGUGUAGGAACAUAAACAGUUCAGACCCGGAUAAUUUAAAUGCGUUGGGAAUCAAAUUUGGUGUUCACGACAGCUAAAAGAAUCGACGUUUUCUUA